AUGGAAGAUCAAAGUGGAAGUUCUGCGCCAAGAGUGAGCGAUAAACGCCUUGCACAAACACAAGCCCAAGUGGAUGAAGUUGUAGGCAUAAUGCGUGUCAACGUCGAGAAAGUUUUGGAAAGAGACCAAAAGUUGUCCGAUCUCGAUAACCGAGCAGAUGCUUUGCAGCAUGGAGCAGCACAGUUCGAGCAACAGGCUGGAAAAUUGAAAAAGAAAAUGUGGUGGCAGAAUUUCAAGAUGAUGCUGAUAAUUGGUGCUAUAGGUGGAAUUGUUCUUAUCAUUAUUAUUGUGUGGGCUAUUAGUGGCUCGGGCAGCAACAGCAAUGCAAACGCUGCCCCGGUAACCGAGGCUCCUGCUGCUAACACUGGACGAUAA